AUGAGCCUCGAGGCCACCAUCGCGCAAAAGACGGCUGGCACAGACGCGAGCGAGGUGCUGGAGCUGGUGCUGGAUGGUGUCAAAGCGAGCAAAGUGACGGGCCUGAACCAAUUCACCAAGCUCAAGGUGCUGCAGCUGAAUGGGUGCGGGCUCACCUCGCUCGAGGAGUUCCCCACCCUACCCAACCUGCAGCGGCUCGAGCUGGCAGACAACGCGCUCUCGGACGGGCUCGACCACCUGCAGGACGCGGCGCUCAUGCAUCUGAAGGUGCUCGUCCUGGCGGGAAACAAGUUUUCGUCGCUCCAGGGCCUCGAAUCUCUGGCGC